AUGUCCGUGGAAGAGCCACCAAACCCCCUGGCCGAGUCCGGCGUCACGAUCCGGUCCGACAGCGAGCAAUACUCGCGCCACGAAGACAGUUCCGUCUCGCCCCCGUCGUCAUCGUCGCCUGCCGUCGUCCUGUAUCAGCCGCCCACGCUCUGGUCGAUCUUCCGCGGGGCCGCGAUCAACAUAUUUCUGCCGUUUAUCAAUGGUAUGAUGCUUGGGUUCGGCGAGCUGUUUGCUCAUGAAGCGGCGUUCCGGUUGGGCUGGAGCAACACAAGGCCGAACAUCCGCCAAACACCGCAACGUGCCUGCAAAAUGCUCCCAAGUAGGAGUCUUUUUCGCUUCGGCCCGGCGCCUGGGCUCUCGAGGGCACGACAAUUCAGUACCGCAUUACGAACCAAUGACGCCGUCUUGCGCAACACAACGACGUCCGGGAGGAUACGCGGCCCCGCGAUCCUAGCCGCAACAUCCCAACCGCUCCUCCUCUCUCAACGGCAAGCCCGCAAUGCCUCGACACAAGCAACGACCACCGUACCCCCGACCGAUGCGGUAGACCUCACAAAUUUCUCCGGGACACCCGUCAACCUGACGGGUAGCGACCUCCUGGACAUCCCAGAACAGAUUGGGUUCCUCAAAACGCUCGGCCUCGAUUACGGCUGGGGCCCGACCUCGUUCAUGCAGACCGUUCUUGAGUCCGUCUACGUCUACACCGGCCUCCCUUGGUGGGCUUCCAUGGCGAUCGUGGCCGUGGGUAUUAGGGUGGCUCUCUUCAAGCCUACGCUGAUUGCGUCCGAGAAUGCGAUCAAGUUCCAGGAACUCCAGAAAGACCCAGAGUAUGCUGGGGCGAUGGAGGAAAUGAAGCGCCUGAUGGUGAACGGGAACCAUAUCGCAGGGGCGUCGGCGCGGGCGAAAGUCAGCUUGAUGAACAAAAAGGCCGGGUAUUCGAUCUUCAAAAACUUGUACCCCAUGCUCCAAAUCCCGCUCGGAAUCGGCAUGUUUCGUCUCACCCAGGGUAUGGCUGCGCUCCCGGUACCGUCUUUUGAGACCGGCGGCUUCCUCUGGUUCACGGACCUUGCUGCCUCAGAUCCUCUUUUCAUCAUGCCCAUUAUCACGGGUCUCCUUAUGGCGUGGAGUAUGAGGAUACCACUGAAAUACAUGGCGCCACAGCAACAAAAGAUCUCCAGAAUCAUGAGUCUCAUCAUCAUGCCGAUAUCCACCGGCGUGGCUCUGUUCUUCCCGGCCGGCACAACCUGGUUCUUCUUCCUCUCGUCCCUUCUCCACGGCACCCAGACCUACGUCCUGCACCAAGGCUGGUUUCGCCGCAUGGUUGGGCUUCCCCCGCUCAGCGCUCCAAGCUCAGCGCCGAGAGUGGCCUGGCACGCCCCACGCGUUCUCAACGUGGCCGCCCCGAGGGUCAAGGGUAGCCAGACUGCCAAGUCGGCACCGGCUGCCGGUUCGCAGAGCAUUUACCAAAGCCUGAUGACUUCCAUCAACGAUGCCAAGGGGAUGACAAACGCGCGGAUGGACAAGAACGCCGGGGAGCGCUCCGCGAAGGCGGCCAAGGAGUACCAGGACCGGCGCGCCCUCGAGGAAAAGGAACGGUUAGUCUCGCGCUUGCAGAGCAAGAAAAUGAAGGGGUACUAA